GUGGUGGAAAAUGAGGGCAAGUGGAGCAUUUUCCGCUGAUCCCUGCAUCCCGAUACGGCGUAUAAAUAGACGGGCAUGAUAUCGGUGAGGAGAAGACAUCCCUGCUCCUCGCACAUCACACGGUGAAGCCAACAUGGAAUCCGCCAUCUUGACUUUGGUCAGCCAGUUCAAGGCGUACGCGGGCAACGACGGGUCUGCUAGCACGCUUAGCCGAGAUGAGUUCCACCAACUGGUCAAGUCGCAGCUGCCCAACUUUGUCAAGACCGGCGAUCCGGGCGCGGUGGACCAACUCAUGUCGUCUCUGGACCAGAACAACGACGGCGAGCUGACCUUCUGCGAGUUCUGGCAGUUGAUCGGGAAGCUAGCCAGCAAGCAAGGCGGCUACUGAGCUUAGAACAUCGCCGCCUCGCCCGUGCUUUUUUUUCCUGGUUAACCAUUGGCCCCGAUUAAAGGCAUCAUUGUCUCCACA